CGUCCUUAGUAAGUGGCGACCCGGCUUCCAACAAGGUGCUGUUGGGAAAUGUAUUAAGUCCUGCAGUGACUUCCCACAUCCAUUGACAACAAAAUGAACUUCAAAGAGGGGAAGACAGAAGCCGAUGAGAGCCAUGUAUCCAUGAUACCAGGUGCACCGGAGGCACAGUCUUCGAAGACACCCCAGUAUCUGGUAGCAAUGGCGGUGAGCAUAAUCAUGGUUUCGGCCGGGACUACGAUAGGCUGGAGCUCGCCGGCGCUGGUGGAGAUGAGAUCACCCAACGCCACGCUCCCGCUGACGGUUGAAGAAGGUUCCUGGGUCAGUUCGCUCCUGGCCAUCGGAGCGUGCAUCGGAUCGAUUCCCGCCGGGUCUAUGGUCGAACAAAUCGGAAGGAAGUGGACCAUCAUGAGCUUAUCAGUUCCAACGACGGUGUCCUGGAUUCUGAUGCACUGCGCAACCACAGUCAAUAUGGUUUAUAUUGCAAGGUUUAUCGCUGGGAUCUCCUUGGGAGCUGUGUGUGCGGCAUGUCCUGUGUACCUCGUCGAGAUCGCUGAGGACAGCAUCAGAGGCACGCUGGGAUCCAUGUUCCAGUUGAUGUUAGUGACUGGAGUUAUGUACACGUACGUAAUUGGAGCUAUAUUCCCUUAUACGGAAUUGCCUUUGUUUUGUGGUGUCCUAAACAUCAUCUUCGUAGUCCUGUUUUUCAAGGCUCCUGAAAGUCCUAUCUACCUGUUGCAGAAGGGUCGCAAGGAUGAAGCCGAAGACGCACUGAUUUGCCUCCGAGGAAAGCAAUACAACGUCCACAAAGAGCUAGAAGCAAUGGAGGAAGAAAUCAACUCGAAGAAAGCUGAGAAGGUGCCCUUCUUGAAAGAGUUGUCGAAAAGGUCCAGCGUCCUUUCCUUGCUGGUAUGCCUCAUAUUAAUGUUCUUCCAACAGUUGAGUGGCAUUAACGUCGUAAUCUUUUUCAUGGAGAGUAUCUUCCACGACGCGGGCAGUACCCUGAGUCCGGACAUAUCCACGAUCAUCGCCGGUGUCGCCCAGAUGCUGGCCACACUUGGGUCUACGGUGCUCAUCGACUACACGGGUCGCAGGAUCCUACUCCAGAUCUCCUCGACGGUGAUGGCCCUGUGUUUGGCCGUCCUAGGCUACUACUUUCACGAGAAGACUAAAGGAUCUGAUGUCACACAGUUCGGUUCCAUUCCCGUCAUUGCAGUGGUUGUCUUCAUCAUAAUGUACGGCAUCGGUUUCGGACCCAUUCCGUGGUUGAUGUCUGGUGAAAUACUACCUCCAGAGGUGAAGGGCACCGGAUUGGGUAUAGCUUCUAGUUUCAAAUGGUUCUUGGCCUUUGCAGUGACUAAAGCUUUUCAACCUAUCAACGAUGCUCUAGGGCCAGCAACCUCAUAUUGGAUCUUCGCUUUAAUCUGUAUCACUGGCUUCUUCUUUUCUACCUUUGUCAUCAUCGAGACCAAAGGAAAAAGCCUAAUCGAAAUUCAAGAGGAAAUGUUUGGAAAGAAAGGGAAAAAAAAGAAAACGAAGAAAUCUAAUGGGGUAGUCUGAGCAUAGUCUGCUGCGAGUAAUUUAUUAUCUUUUCACCUGUGAUUUUAUAUAUAAUGAAUUUUUAUAAAUUUAUUUUUAUUAUUGUUGUUGUUAUUAUUCCUUUCUAUUAAAAAAAUUGCUAAAAGAAUGUGUGUUCUUAUAAUUAAGUGAGUUCUUAUAAUUAGUCUUAUAUUGGAAAUUAUGUCAUAUUGGUAAUGGAUGCUGAAUUCAGAUGCAACAAUCAACCAAUUCGGAAUUCAAGGAACGAAGCCCUACUUCCGUAGGAGAAUAUUUUUUUCUGAAACAGAAAUAUUUGUAAAAUAUAAAGUGUUUAAUUUUCAAAAUAUCCGUCAUCGGGGAAUAUG